CUCUUGUAUCGUUUUUAAGUCAUCAUCAAUACAAUAUUCAAUCAUCUAAAAUUCAAAAUGAGGGUGUUUUCCAGACUACUGGCAAAUACUAGUAAGUUUCCAGGCCAACCUGUGCCGCUCAAUGUUUUGCCACCAAUUCCACUCUAUCGACGCUUGCUUCGAGCGCAUCGAAAGCUUCCACGAGACAUGCGUGUGCUAGGCGAUGAAUACGUCAAAGCUGAAUUCAGAGCCCACAGAAACGUAGAGAAUCCGUUACACAUUAUUGGCUUCUUAACACAAUGGCAGCUGUACGCUCAGCAAAUUGAAGGAGACCAAUGGCGGGACGGCAGCCUGGACCAGGCGACUUUUGAGAAACUGAAUGAUGACCAAAAGGUGCAGCUCUAUGAAUUGAUGAUGGAGAUUCGAAAGCGGGAGCACGAACAGGAUGAUCCCGAGUCCAUACAGUAGCAAUGAGCCUCAUCUCGUGUGCUUAUCAUAUAUUGACGCUUCUGAUCGUGGGUUUGCGCUCGCAUCGCGGCGGUUGAUCCACUCUGAUAGCUUUUCUCUUCUUCACGUCGUCGGCCUUGCGAAGCGAAAGCAGAUCCCAAAUGUCAGAAAGCAUACUAUAUCUAUUCCGCUUUAUGAAACGAGCAAUUACAGAAGCACUCUAGCUACCUUGUGUUUUGCAAGUAUAGAUUAGGCUACGCGAUGGGAAGCAGUGGACGAAAGACCUGUCAACAAGCAACAUGUGCUACGUAGUCCAUACCAUAUACCCAAGACAUCAUCAUUGGCUUGAGCUUCUCGACAACUGUGGUCCAAACCGCGACUUGGGGAACUGCCUUGGAUUCGCGAAAGGUGCGGAGACGAUGAUUACACUCGCGCUCUCUAGUCUCGCACUCUCAAAAGUGUCCCCGAGAGCCACCGCCCACAUUGCCUGACGAGGAAUACAACAUCAGAUUCAUUCGGCAUGUCUAUAGGCAGAAGAACGGUGUGAGGAUGGGCCUAGGAUCAAGUAUGAAGAAGCUGGGCUUGGAUAUUACGGCUGCGCCAUAAUGUGAUAGCUAGUGACAGGCGAUUACAAAUAAUAUAUGAUCACUUGAACGACAGAUUUGAAAACAGAAGAGAAGUUUUCAGAUAUUUUUGUAUUUAAAGAACAUGGUAAAAAUGUG